CCGUAGUGCAAUUCAACAUGCAGACGACACGAAUGCUAUUCGUAUAUGGCCAGCGCUUUAUGAGUUUUGACUUUUUUCAAAUUAAAUUAUUUUAGAAUAGUUAUCAGUUUGAUACGACAAAUAGGUCAAACAAAAGUGUUUUUCAUGAUUGUUAUAAAUAGAAUAAGGAGAGUAGUAUGCGGUGUAUCUGGCGGAGUAGAUUCUUCUGUAGCGGCCUUAUUAUUGAAGAAGAAAGGUUAUGAUGUUGUUGGAGUAUUCAUGAAAAACUGGGAUGGAAAGGAUGAAUUGGGAGUCUGUCAAUCGGACAAGGAUGUUGAAGUUGCUGAGCGGACUUGUAAGAUUCUCAAUAUUCCAUUUUUUGAAGUUAACUUUGUUAAAGAGUACUGGAAUCAUGUGUUUGAGAAUCUUCUGCAAGAUUACCAAGCAGGAUUAACUCCAAAUCCAGACAUCCUUUGCAAUUAUCACAUCAAAUUUGAUUUAUUCUUUGACUAUGCCAAGGAAAAGUUGGGUGCUGAUUUUGUGGCUACUGGACAUUAUGCUAGAUCAUCACUUGGGAUAAAUUCUGUUGAAACAGAAUCUGAAAAUACAAAAUUGCUCACUUCUCGUGAUGACUUCAAAGAUCAAACAUUUUUCUUAAGCCACAUCAAACAAAGUUCAUUAAAGAAAACCCUUUUUCCAAUUGGUGGUUUAUUAAAAAGUGAGGUUCGAAAGUUAGCCAGCGAUAAUGGGCUUGAGCAUGUAUCAAAUAGGCAAGACAGCACUGGCAUAUGCUUCAUCGGACGGCGAAAUUUCCAAGAAUUCAUUUCUGAGUACGUACCCAACAACCCCGGCCCUUUUAUCGAUGUUGACACUGAUGAGGAGGUGGGACAACAUUUAGGUAUUCACAUGUGGACAUUGGGCCAGCGAUGCCGCAUAGGUGGCUGCCUCAAGCCAUACUUUGUGGCCUCCAAGCAACCAGAAACGCGAACUAUAUUCGUGGCGUCCGGUACAAACCAUCCUGCUUUGUUUUCGAAUGCGUUCCUUUCCAGCACUCCACACUGGAUUCACUCCACUCCGGGAGAGUUACAAGAAAAUAAUACUUUUGAUUGCUUUUUUCGAUUUCAGCAUACAAAACCAUUGACGGCGGCUCAAAUCGCAGUUCAUCAAUCCGGCCUCAUUGUGACUCUAGAUCGACCCACCCGCGCUCUUACUCCUGGCCAGUACGCCGUAUUUUACUCGGGUCAAGAGUGCCUUGGUUGUGCUCGCAUAGUCCAAAAUCUGAACAAUGGUUGGCAUAAUUGUAUGACAGAAACGUCCAUCUCUUCCAUGUACGAUAGGUUUUCUGAAGGGAAAAACCCUAGUCCCUCUAUAGUGCCUGGGGCAAAAUUCGUGUAAAUAUCACGCUACUACAGGAGUAUAAAUUCAGCGGUGAUUUUGUUACGUGGUAAGGAGGUGGUUCCGCAAAAUGUUUCCCAUCUCCCAAGUCCUAACCGUCCGUACCUGGCCGUGCCUUGUCAUACUAAGAGAUACUUGAAUUUCGUGCGGAAAGUAAAGAAAACAACCGCUGCAGCGCCUCGAGGAUAAUGUCUGAGUUGAACUAGUGAAGGGAGUCUAGCGAGGGGCAAGCGACUGAACAGGUUAGUCAGCCGGAUACAAGGCCGCUGAACGCACACGAAUCUAGAAGUUCUUACUACCAGUGAGGAUUGGGGAGAAGCAAUUGCGCAACAACUUUUUGUACAGAUUAUUUCGCAUUGUUUGUGCAUCGAAAACAAUUGACAGUUUGUGAAGUGUUAAUGAAAUGAUAGUGUCGAAAUAAAAUCUCAUAUCACAAGGGCAUAAAGUGAUGAAGUUA